AUGACAUGGUCAGCUUUCGGCGGCUUCUCUCUCCGACAUGCACGAGUCGUGAAAGGACUGGUUUUAACACCGAGACUUGAAGACUUCGCCAUGCCACUUACGAUAACCGCCAGCAUCGGUACCAACUCAACGAGUCGAAAUCACUCUACUCACCGGCUGGAGAGCCGGCUUCUGGCCAUUUGGAGGGGACUUUCGGUGCACCAAUCGGAUUCGUGUGGCAAGGACUGGUUCGGAGACAUGCCAGAAUGCUUUCAGACUCCACAUUUUCGACAGCAUGUACCAUUUUGCAGCGAAAAUGAAGCCAAAGACGAAGCCUGCAUAGAUCAUCAUGACCUGUAG